GUUUUAUUGAAUUUUAAUUUAGAAGAAAUUGGCAAUGACUGAGAACCAAAGGUACUCCAAGAAAAAGAAGCACUUGGUAUCGAAUAAUACUCAUAGAAAUGCGAAUGUAGGCCAACAUAGUGGGGGAGAGUUCAAAGCUGGAUCGACAACACCAUCUAAAGACUUGAAUAAUUCAGUCUUGAUGAGAGAAGGACCAGAAACCGAUCCAUAUGACAUGAUUGAAGGGAUCAAACCAGGGGUUAAGGAAGCUAUUGAGAGGUCCCUAGGCAAAAUAGGGACAAAAAUAUCGACCCAGAUUAAGGCAGGCAGCAGAAAUUUUAGCAAGAUUGAUCUACCAGUUCCAACGUUUAAGACUUCUUUAACUCAAAAUUUACAAAUUAAAAGAUCAAGUGUAAUUCAAGCCCAAAUCUGAAACUUUAAAACUUCUUUCAACUCAAGAAACAACUCCUGAGCCCAUCGGAGCCAAUCCCGACCUCCCCAGCUUAAUCUGAAUUUAUCUACCUCCAAAACUCCAACUGUAAUUCCUGUUACCACUACUUCAAAUAAAACGCUUCCAAGGAGGCGUCCCAAAAUUAAGUCAAAUUAGCCGACAUCUUAAACAACUCAAAAAAGAACAACGAAGGAAGGAACUUGAAGAAGAAGCCAAGCGACUGGAGAGGUUGAAGAGAAUUGAACAUAUUCAGAAUUUGCGACAGCGUAUUAAGAACUGUAUGGAAAGCAGAGAAAAGGAAAUCGCUAAAAGAAAUGAUGAGAUCAAGACCAGGACAAAAGAGAUGUGAAACUACACUCCGCUUUAUAAGAAGAUCGAGAAAGAAACCAAUUUGCCGUUGAUACCUUUUGGUAAAGAAUCCUACAAGAAAAUCAGCCAUAGUCCAGAUAUUGCACAUGAAAAAGAAGUCAUUAUGAAAAUAAAGCAAGAUCAUAAACCGGUCAGGCUCAAAGAGAUUAAACAAUUUACCAAGAAAAUGGAUGGUUUAUGCAAGAGACUGACUAAGAACCUUAGUGAAGAAAGGAAGAAGAAGCAGACACCAAUUGAUGUUUCAAAAUACAGUACAAAACUUCAUAAAUAAAGUUUUGGAAAGAGACAAAUUGCACAAGCUCCUUGAAGAAAGUGAGGAACGUAAAAAGCUCGAUUUGAUAGACAAAAAGAAAAGGUUUUCAAAACUAAUAGCUGAUACCUGAAAGCCUAAAAUCUCAAAGAAGAAAAAAAUGGAGAUCCAGGAGAGAUUAGGCCACAGCACCUCCAAAGACCGCUCUGAGAAAAAGACAAAUAGGACUGAGAAUAAACUUCAAUCGUACAGCGUUAAGAAUAAAGAUAGUCAAAAGAUCACCUCAUGCGAGAUUUCAGAGACACCAAAGAAGCCUAGGAAGAAGACUAAGCGGAAAGAGUGUAAGGCUGCGAAACUUCCUGACCGUUUCACUGUGAUUAUGCCUUCCAAACAUGUAGAGCAGAAUGUGGAUUACCUGUCCCAACUUAGGCGGAAAAGAGAGAAGCAAGAACAAUCUGACAACUUUCCAAAAGGCUACAUGGCUAAGAUGAAACGAAUGAUGAAGGAUACAAGGCAAAUGAUCAAUUGUUUGGACGAAGAGACAUUAAGAAAGGAGCAGAAGGCAAAUAUGAUCAAUGAUGAGACCUCUAUCAAUGAAGCCAAUAAGAUAUGGAUGGAGAACAUUCAAGCUAAGAUCGCCUACAUUGAUACUCAAUUUUAGAAAUAAUCAUCCAAUUCUCAAUA